CGGUGCGGCAAGAUGGCGGACAAAGAGAAGAAGAAGAAAGAGAGCAUCUUGGACUUGUCUAAGUACAUCGACAAGACGAUCCCAGUGAAGUUUCAGGGAGGCCGCGAAGACCCCGACGACCAGUACAAGCUCACAGAGGGCACCCGCCAGCUGGACCUGGUGGUGUGCAGGGGCACCUCCGUGGUGCUCAUCUGCCCGCAGGACGGCAUGGAGGCCAUCCCCAACCCCUUCAUCCAGCAGCAGGACGCCUAGCGGGCGCCGUCGGCCGCCCGAGGACUCGGAGCUGCCCUCCCCUGCCGCGCGUGCCCCCGUGGGCCGGAGCUCUCCUUUUUAUAUCGGUUAUGUUUCUGUUUUUCGCAAUAAAACUGCAGACCCC